AUGGGGGUUAAUGAUGAGGGUCCUAGUGAUCCAGUGAUUCAGGGGUAUGUGGAGAAUGAUAAAGAUAAUACUGACUUAGUGGAGAGUAACCCUAGUGAGGGUCAGUUAGAGGGGGAUAGCAUUGGGGAAAAUAGAGCUGAGGUUAGCACAAAGGCUGGUACUGAUUCCCAAAAGGAUAAGGAAGCCUUUUUAGAGUCUAUGGAUUUGGACCUUAUUAGGAAUCAGGGCUUAGAUUUAAAUGAGUUGAUUAAUGUGCCUGUGGCUCAAAGUUCUGUUAGUCCUUCUCUUGCAAAACCUAAAAAAACUUUUACUAGGAUUGCUAGGGUGCUAAAUGAGAAAAGCCAAAAAUGUUGCUGCUCCUGUUGA